AGAGCUCCCGUUAUCAUGCCUCUUGUCUUCCCUGCCUGUUGUUCGCUUCCAUAACCUUUAAAUACGCCAGUCACCCUAAUAUACUUCUAUCCACAAACUAUUUUCUGGUACUCCAAAUUUUGAAUGUAUUCUGUACUCGUGACGUUUGUCUUAUUAUCUUUCAAGCUAUGCCUUGUUCUUGUGGAUCACGUAUAUAGUAUUAGGUCCUGGCUCAGCAAUGAUGGACGGCCUGACUUCGAUCACUACGUUUCCACCAAGAUUUUACCUGCAGAGCACAUCCCUACCAAUCACACCAAGAAACGAAUUAUUGCUGUCGGUGACAUACACGGCAUGCACCACUCGUUUCACUCUCUAUUAAAUCAAGUAUCAUACGACCCAAACCACGAUACACUGGUACAUCUAGGAGACCUUGCCAUUCGGUCGCCCUUAUCCGACUCUCUAGCCGUGCUCUCUUUCUUGGAAAGCAACAACAUUAUGGGCGUCAGGGGCAACAAUGAUCACAAAAUUAUCCGGUGGCGAGCCUGGAUUGACUGGAUUUCACAGCUUCCAGAUGGGAAGGAAUGGUUGGCUGACGUAGAUGACAAGCUAUUUAGGAUGGGCGACGACCCCGAUUUUAACUUCAAGCGGUGGUUGAAGCACAAGAAGAGCAACAAGAAGUGGCUGAAGAAGAUUCCAGACGGAUGGAAAAUGAACAGCGAUCACUUCAAGGUCGCUCGUGCGAUGUCGCAAGACCACUAUGAAUACCUCGCGUCGCUCCCUCUUGUACUCCAUGCCCCCAUAGCGCACACUUUCUUCGUACACGCAGGUUUAUUGGCUUAUGACGUCACCCGCAGUCCAGCACAUCCCGACCAACCUCUUUCUCAUAUCCCCGCACUUCCUCACAUUCGGGCGAAUGUGUCCCUUCUUAGGGACUUGCAAGAGAAGGCUCUUUUGCAUGAUAUCCCGCAGAACAGAGACCCGUGGGUUCUUAUGAACAUGAGGAAGAUCAAGAAGGGCGGCAGAAUUUCCAGGGGUCACACCAAAGGCCUACCGUGGUCCAACUCAUAUAAUGAUGUUAUGAACCGCUGUUCUGGGUUUGUUGGCACCAGUCUGAAUUCCGUCGUUAUCAACUCGGAUAACAAGUUUGAGUCACCCGAUGACGAUACCGAUCAGCUUCCUUGCUAUCCAGCGAUGGUAGUGUAUGGACAUGCAGCGAGCACAGGCUUGGAUGUGAAAAGGUGGUCCAUUGGAUUAGACACGGGUUGCGUUUACGAACGGGAAUUGACAGCCGUUAUCCUCGACUGGAAAUCUUUCCAGUCAUCGCCCUCGUCAGACAUAACGGCUGACGAGAAUGACUUGGGGACCUCGUCAUCUCGUAUCGCCUAUGGCGACCAUGGACAGGCUCAGAUUGUCAGCGUGCCGUGUCGUUCUUCGUGAUUGCCUCACAAGAUAUACAUCGUUUUGUUACUCUACAGCUCAACUGCAAUAAAACAAUAAAACUAGUCGAGAUCGAUA